UACUCUGACGUCAUAACACCGCGACGCCCUGUCCUGUUUGAACAUGGCGUCCAGAUUGGAGAUCAAUUUUGUCAGGUUAUUGUCUCGCUGUGAAUCUAUAGCUUCGGAUAAACGCAGUGAGACGGAAUGGAGGCUGGAGAAGUAUGUUGGUGCCUUGGAGGAGAUGUUGGUGGCUCUGAGGAAAAGCGUAAGCAAACCCACACCAGAAGUGCUGACGGAAUACACAAGAAAGGUGGACUUUCUCAAAGGCCUUUUGGAAGCAGAGAAGCUGUCGUCACCGACAGAAAAGUCUCUCGCCAACCAAUUCCUGGCUCCGGGGCGAACGCCAACCAUAGCCAACGAGAGGAUGCCCGCCACGAAAACCGUCCACAUGCAGACCAAGGCCCGAUGUACCGGGGAGAUGAGGAACGAGCUGCUCGGCUCGGGCUCGGCCAGCAAAGGUAAGAGUGGAAUGGAAAGUGUUUCUUGUGUGCUGCUUUAUCAAAGCAUUCUUCAGGUAGAAAUGCUCCCAAGUGAUUUCAUCUCGGACGUGUUUCCCUCUUGUCCCCUCGUCCGUGCACAAACAGAUUUGCGCCACAGAAGAGGUCUGCCGCUGGAUGAGCGCCAGUCGGCGGCCGAGCUGGACGCCAUCCUGCAGCACCAGCACAACCUGCAGGAGAAGAUCGCGGAGGACAUGCUCAACCUGGCCAGGAACCUGAAGAACAACACUCUGGCGGCACAGAGCAUCAUCAAACAGGACAACCAGACGCUGAGCCAGUCCAUGCGUCAGGCGGAUCUGAACUUUGAGAAGCUGAAGACGGAGUCGGAGCGCCUGGAGCAGCACGCCAAGAAGUCCGUGAACUGGCUGCUGUGGCUCAUGCUCAUCCUUGUCUCCUUCACCUUCAUCAGCAUGAUCCUCUUCAUCAGACUCUUCCCCAGGCUCAGAUGAUGCUGGAGACGUAAAGACUUCAAGUGGGCGUGCGUGUGUGUGUGUGUGUGUGUGUGUGUGUGUGUGUGUGUGUGUGAUAGAGGUCAGGAAUAGCAUUAGAUGGAAAAAGUGGACUGGUGACUCGUGCACGCAGACAGUGAAAGCACACCCGAUACACCUUUGAUGGACGGAACAUUACCCCUGAUAACUCAUAUAUCCAUCAUCAUGAUCAGGUCCGCUUCCACCAGCACUUAUUUUUCUGUUUGUGUUUUUCUCCCUCGUGC